AGGGGCAAGAGAGGGAGGGAGGGAGGAAGAUAGAGGCCCCCGCCGCGGCUCUUCCUCCGCCACAGCCUCCCAGGGAAGGAAGGAAGGAAGGAAGGAAGGAAGGAAGGGAGGGAGGAAGCGAGGAAGGACCUUUGAGCCGCUUUCGCCGCCGCCGCGUCCAGAGUCCGCCCCGCACUUGGCCUGCCUUGCCCCCCCCCCCCCCCCCCCCUCCCUCCCUCCUUAGGUCCGGCAUGGCGGCCCCUGGGCCCACGCUCCUGCUCCUGCUUCUCCUGGGAACAGGGUCCUCCCCCUCCCCGCCUUCCUCCUCGUGCGCGGGGCGCUGCGGGGAGGGGGGCGCGGGGGGCGGGUGCGGGUGCGGCGGGGGCUGCGCGGGGCUGGGCUCGUGCUGCGCCGACUUGUGGCUCUCCUGCCCGGAGGCCUGGCCUCACUUCGGGACGCUCCUCGGCGGGAAGGUCUUCGCCCUCGGAAACAUCUCCCUCUCCGGGGUCGCCGCCCACCAAGCCCGCGUCCUCUGCCGCUUCGGGGGCGCGGUGGUGACGGAGGGCUUCGUCUCCUCCUCGCCGUCGGGGGGCGGCGGGGUGCGUUGCGUGUCCCCUCUGCUCCUGGGCCUGGGCCGCGUCUCGCUGGAGGUCUCCCCGGACGGGGGCCGCUCCUUCCCCUGGACCUCCGCCUGGACCGCAGAGCACCACAACAAGGUCCCCCCCGGGGAGAAGAGCGUGCUGGAGAACGAGACGCGCUGGCAGUACUACGGCACCCCCGGGACCCAGGCCGGCAACCUGACGCUCACCUGGCGGCCCCAAGACCUGGGGGGGCCCUCCGCCCCGCCCCGCGUCAACAUCGAGGUCUGGGGCUACGCAGAGACAGGGAAGCCCUACUCCGCCAACUGGGCCGCCAAGUGGGAGUACCUCUACAGCCUCCAGAGGAACCAGACCAAUUCGGGCAUCUUCACCUUCCUGCCCGAACCCUCUGCGCAACACGGCCACUGGGAGCUGGGCGCCCUGCGCAUUUCCUCCAGCACCUCCCUCGAAGGCCAGAGGAACGUGCCCGCCAUCUGGAGCAAUGAGCACGCCAUGGCCUGGCACCUGGGAGGGGGCUUCCGGAAGGAUCCGGCCGCCUGGGCCACGGCCAAGUGUCACGAGUGGGACCGCCUGGAGAUGGCCCUCCCCAGCUUCCUGGAAGAGAUUGUGGACUGCCCCUGCACUCUGGCUCAGGCCCGGGCCGACACCGGGCGCUUCCACACAGACUACGGAUGCGACAUUGAGAAGGGGAGCGUGUGUACUUACCACCCGGGCGCCGUGCAUUGUGUGCGGGGCAUCCAGGCCAGCCCCCGGUAUGCGGCAGGCCAGCAGUGCUGCUACGACGCCACGGGGGUCCAAGUGCUCACUGGAGACUCCAUGGGGGGCAGCACGCCGGAUCGGGGCCACGACUGGGGGUCACCUCCCUACCAAAAGCCCCCACGCGUCCCUGGCUUCUCGCACUGGAUCUACGACGUCCUCAGCUUCUACUAUUGUUGCCUGUGGUCUCAGAACUGCCCGGUCUACUUCCAGCACCGCCCCUCCAGUGGAUGCCAGAAGUACCACCCCCCCAGGGCAGCUUCAGCCUUUGGGGACCCUCACUUCAUCACUUUUGACGGCAUGAACUUCACCUUCAAAGGCCUCGGGGAGUACACGCUCUUGGAAUCUGACCUGACCCUGCUGACCGUCCAAGGGAGGACCCGCCCAGCAAGGAGCCCCAAUGGGACAGAAGGAGCUGCGCCCAAUGUGACAGGGCUCUGCGCCAUCGCCAUGCGGGAGAACGCCUCCGAUGUGGUCGAGGUCCGUCUCCCGGAGGCUUCAGAAGAGCUGGAGGUCCUCUUGAACCAGAAGACACUCAACCUCUCGGAACAGACUUGGAUGGACCUGAACGGGCUCUUCCUCUCAGUCUCCCCUGGGGACGAACGUGGCGUGGGGGUGACGGCCAUGUUCUCCUCGGGGGCCGGAGUUGAGGUUCGGGGUGGCCGGGCACUGAGCGUGACCGUCCUAAUGCCGGAGGCCUUUGUGGGGCGCACACAGGGCCUCUUUGGGACCUUGAACGGGGACCCUCGCGAUGACCUGGCCUUCCGUAAUGGGACCGUCUUGGACCCCGCAGCCUCCCCAGAGCAGAUCCUGGCCUUCGGAGCCCACUGGUCAGUCCGCAACGAGAGCGCACUCUUCACCUACGACUCUGUGGGGCUGCGUGAGGCCUUCCUGUGGGGUCCAAAGCACCACGCCUCGUUUGUGCCAUAUGUCCCCCCUCCGGAGGACCCCGCUGACCCCUUUGCCCAGGCGGUGGCCGCACUCUGCCACUCCGACCCCUUCUGCCGCUUCGAUGCCCUCGCCGCCCGGGACCUGGCCGCCGGCAACACCACCCAACAAGCCCACUUCACUUUCCGGCGCCUCCAGGACAGCCUCCAGCCAGUGGUCUCCUGUGGCUGGUUGUCUGCCCCUGAGCAUGGGGCCAAGAACGGGACCAACUACCUGGCCGGGGCCACCGUCCACUUCCGCUGCGAGCCGGGCUUCCACCUGGAGGGCACCCCCACACGGCUCUGCCAGCAGGAUGGCAUGUGGACUGGAAGCGCCCCCCGCUGCACCUCUGCUGCCGGCUUCACAGGCCCACUCCCCUCUGCCCUGUGGCUCCUGAGCCUGGCACUCUGCCUGGGUGUCUUGAGCUAGUGGUGGAGAAGUGCAAGGUUGCCCGGGCUAGGGCUCCUCCAGUGAAAGGACUUGGGAAGCGGCAUUGGCGUGACUGCAGGCAGCAAGAGCCCCAGGUGCUUCACAUGCGAAAGAGUGGCCACAGGGUGCGAGGAACGCAAUAAAGCUAAGGCAAGAGCCAGUGGA